UCUUGUUUAGUUGGCGAUUCUUCUUUUUUGUUAAGAAUAUUUCCUCGGUAUCACUGUGUCCUUGUCGUUCCAUACUAAUUCGACUUGGUACCACAAAUUAGUGGUUUGUUUUUUUUAUCUUGUCAGAAAAGGUGCAUGUCUUGCUCCUGCAAAAGAGUAAAACAGACAAGUGAUGAUGUGUUCGGUCAAUUUUAGGAACUAACUUCAAUUUCACUAUUGUGGACAAGAUCGCAAUGGAUGCAUUUCAAUAUCUCUGAUUCAUGCAUCCGAGCUUUGUUUCUUAAUGUUAUAUUUAUUUAUAAUUAUACCUGUAGAACAUAGUUUGUUUUGAGCCCCUAGGAAAACAGCUAUACAAGAGGUUCUGCACGCAGUUUUAUGGUGGUGGAAGGUGAAGCACUAUUUUGGGGAGUAGGUAUUAAUAGUGGUUUCAGUUCAGACUCUAGGAAUUGAGAACUUCCUUGCGCUUAAGGAGCUCGAUAAGGUUAGUUAAUGCUAUCAUUUUCCCCUGCCACAGCUUCUUCAUUUGAUUGAUAUUUGAAGGAAUUUGAAAGUAUGAAAGAAACUGAGAAGAGAAAAGCUUCAAGGAAUAGUCAGACAAAGGGUUCAAGAAGAACCGAAAGGAGAGAGAAUAAAUUGCAUCAAGAUAAUUCUUCCAAAAUAUUGAAUGAAAAAGGAACUGAACCUAAGACACCCCAGGAUAGUAGACCAACUGCAAAUAAUUUUAUGAGUGAUUCAAACACAGUCUCAGAGAAUUCGGAAACUUAUGAAAACGUGGUUAUACAUUAUGUGGAUGAUGUCAACAGGUCUGAGGAGGCACUUGUCAAGAUGAAAGUUAAUGAAACGGCUGCUAAUGAAAACAAAAAUGAAGUAGCUGAUGAUCAUUCCAGUGAUUUGGAGAAAGAGCAAAAGGAAGUGAAUGAAGAACUAUCUGAUACUGAGACAGUAAAGGAUUCUGUAUCUUCCCAAGGUGAUUCUUUCACAAAUGAGAAUGAGAAAGUAGAAAAAGCUGCAAAAGAUCCUAAAAGUAAGGUUAAAGUGAAUCCUUCAGAAAGCAAUCGUGGAUCUCGGGAGAGAUCUGAUGGAAAAGGAAAUAAAUUGCAAUCAAAGGUAUCUGAUAGCAAUCAAAAGAAGCCAAUGAACUCAAAUAAAGGACCCUCCAAAGUUUCAAACAAAAAUGCUUCAACCAAUUCUAAGACUGUUAAAGUUCCUGUAAAUGUUUCGUCUGAAUCUUCUGAAGGUGUUGAUGAAAAACCUGUUCCAGAGGUCAAGGAACUUGAUAUCCUGGAUGGAUCCUCCAAUGGUGCACAGAGUGUGGGAAGUGAAGAUGAAAGUCAUGAAACCAUUAAUGCUGAAGAAAAUGGUGAACAUGAGGACGAGACAGGUUUGGAAAUAAAAAUUGAAGAAAUGGAAUUACGAAUUGAAAAGCUUGAAGAGGAACUGAGAGAAGUUGCUGCUCUUGAAGUGUCACUUUAUUCUGUUGUACCAGAGCAUGGUAGCUCAGCACACAAGGUGCACACACCUGCUCGGCGCCUUUCCAGGCUGUAUAUACAUGCUUGUAAGCACUGGAGCCAAAACAGGCGAGCAAUAAUUGCCAGGAAUACUGUUUCUGGCCUUAUUUUGGUUGCGAAGUCUUGUGGUAAUGAUGUUUCAAGGCUAACUUUCUGGUUGUCAAAUACCACUGUGCUGAGAGAGAUAAUUACUCAGGCUUUUGGAAAUUCAUGUCAACCUAGUCCCCUUAAAAGGUUGGCUGAGUCAAAUGGGGCCAGCAUGCGAAAUGAUGGGAAGUCUGCGGCAUUGAAAUGGAAGGGUAGCUCCAACGGUAAACCAGGAAAUGGUUUUAUGUCUCUUGUUGAAGAUUGGCAAGAGACAGGAACCUUUACCUCUGCUCUAGAAAGAGUAGAAUCAUGGAUCUUUUCUCGGAUAGUGGAGUCAGUGUGGUGGCAGGCUUUGACUCCCCAUAUGCAGUCUCCAGUUGGGGACUCUUCUUCUAAUAAACCCAUUGGGAGACUGCUGGGACCUGCUUUGGGUGAUCACAAUCAAGGAAACUUUUCCAUCAAUCUCUGGAGAAAUGCUUUCCAAGAUGCUUUUCAACGACUCUGUCCUGUUCGAGCAGGAGGGCAUGAGUGUGGUUGUUUGCCUGUGUUGGCUAGAAUGGUUAUGGAACAGUGCAUUGCAAGACUAGAUGUUGCUAUGUUCAAUGCGAUUCUUCGGGAGUCAGCCCUUGAGAUCCCAACUGAUCCUAUAUCAGAUCCUAUUGUAGAUUCAAAGGUUUUGCCAAUUCCAGCAGGAGAUUUAAGCUUUGGGUCUGGUGCACAGCUAAAAAAUUCUGUUGGCAAUUGGUCUAGAUGGCUUACUGACAUGUUUGGCAUGGACGCUGAAGACAGUCUACAUGAAGAUCAAGAGAACAGUGAGAAUAAUGAAAGGCAGGGUGGAGAUGGUGAACCUAAAUCUUUUGUUCUCCUUAAUGACUUGAGUGACCUUCUGAUGCUCCCUAAAGACAUGCUUAUAGAUACAAAAAUCAGACAGGAGGUGUGUCCAUCCAUCAGUCUUUCAUUGAUUAUACGUGUUCUUUGUAACUUCACUCCAGAUGAGUUCUGUCCAGACCCUGUUCCAGGAGCUGUCUUGGAGGCCUUAAAUGGGGAGACUAUUGUGGAGAGAAGAUUAUCGGCGGAAUCUAUAAGAAGCUUCCCCUAUGUGGCUGCUCCGGUUGUGUAUACACCUCCCUCUUCAGCUAAUGUGGCAGAGAAAGUUGCAGAGGCAGGAGGAAAGUCUCACUUGGGAAGGAAUGUAUCAGCUGUUCAAAGGAGAGGAUACACAAGUGAUGAAGAGCUAGAGGAACUUGAUUCCCCUCUCACAUCCAUCGUUGAUAAAAUGCCUUCAUCUCCAACAAUCUCUGAUAAUGGAAAAGGUAACCACAAAGAGCAAGGAAACCCCCCCAUAACAAAUGCUAGAUAUCAACUCUUACGUGAAGUUUGGUCCAUGUGAACCUUUUGUCACUUUCACAUGUGUACCUGAGCGCUUUUACCAAAGGAUAAAUGAAUAUUUAGCAACAAGGAAUUGUUAAUUGAGAUAAUAAAAAUAAAUGGAUUAGAAAGAUUCUACAUACAUUGAGAAUCUCCAUCAAUAGCAGAGCUUAAAACCUGCAUUUUUUUUCUUGUAUAU